UCCGGGAGCGCAGGUGCGGCUUCCGUGUCAAGAUGGCUGCCGCCUGUCGGUCCGCGGCUGGCCUCCUUCCCGGCCUCCUCUGCCGCCGGCCCGCCGGGGCCCCGCUGCUGCGCGUUGCCCUGUGUCUCCUGUGCUGGGUCCCGGCGGCUGUGGACGCCGUCCCCGAGCUCGGGCUUUGGACGAGGACGGUCAAUGACAAAUCGGGACCUUUGGUAUUCAGGAAAACUAUGUUUAACUCUACUGAGAUCAAGUUUUCUGUGAAGUCGUUCAGUUGUUCUGGACCUGUGAAGUUUACCAUAGAGUGGCAUUUGAAGUAUCAUACCUGUCACAAUGAUUACCCUGAGCUGGAGGAGGAGCUGUCCCAAAGACAUGAACUUCAUGCUGAUCCAGAUGUCUGUGCUUACUUCAAAAACAUUGACUGUUGGACAACAAAAAGUGAAAACUUAGAUUGCAGCAGUGACUCACAGGCAUUUCCCUCAUUAAAUAAUAAAGAACUAACAGGUAUCAGAAACAUUUCAAGCCAGGAAGGAUCAACGGAUGUUGUAGCCAGGACCCAGAAAGAUGGCUUCCAUAUCUUCAUUGUUUCUAUUAAAACGGAGAAAACAGAUGCAGUCUGGGAUUUAAAUGUUUCUCUUUCUAUGGUGGGUCCUCAUGGGUACAUCUCUGCAUCAGACUGGCCUCUCAUGAUUUUUUACAUGGUGAUGUGUAUUGUUUACAUAUUAUAUGGUGUCCUCUGGCUGCUGUGGUCUGCCUGUUACUGGAAAGAUAUAUUAAGAAUCCAGUUCUGGAUUGCAGCUGUUAUUUUUCUAGGAAUGCUUGAAAAGGCAGUUUUUUAUAGCGAAUACCAAAACAUCAACAGCACUGGACUGUCAACUCAAGGUUUACUGAUAUUUGCAGAGUUGAUAUCUGCAGUUAAGAGGACAUUGGCUCGCCUGCUUGUGAUCAUUGUGAGCUUGGGCUAUGGCAUUGUGAAGCCUCGGUUAGGAACAGUGAUGCACCGGGUGAUUGGACUGGGACUGCUUUACUUGAUCUUUGCAGCCAUUGAAGGCGUCAUGAGAGUCGUCGGGGGUUCUAAACAUUUAGCUGUUGUUUUGACUGACAUUGUUUUAGCAGUUAUUGACUCCAUUUUUGUGUGGUUCAUUUUUAUAAGUUUGGCACAGACUAUGAAGACUCUAAGGCUAAGAAAGAACACAGUGAAAUUUUCAUUGUAUAGGCAUUUUACAAAUACACUCAUCUUUGCAGUGCUGGCUUCUAUAGUGUUUAUGAUAUGGACAACAAAGACCUUCAGGAUCGCAAAAUGCCAAUCAGACUGGAUGGAGCUGUGGGUUGACGAUGCAUUUUGGAGCUUCCUCUUUUCACUCAUCCUUAUUGUGAUAAUGUUCUUAUGGAGACCAUCAGCAAAUAAUCAGAGGUAUGCCUUCAUGCCCUUGAUAGAUGACUCUGAUGAUGAAGUCGAGGAAUUCAUGGUAACAUCUGAAAAUUUAACUGAGGGAAUAAAACUAAGAGCCUCAAAAACGGUUUCAAACGGAACAGCUAAACCUACUUCUGAUAAUUUCGAUGAAGAUUUGAAGUGGGUAGAAGAAAAUAUUCCCUCUUCGUUCACAGAUGUAGCUCUCCCAGUGUUAGUGGACUCAGAUGAGGAAAUUAUGACUAGAUCUGAAAUAGCUGAAAAAAUGUUCUCUUCAGAAAAGAUAAUGUGAUCAGGGCCCCAGUGGGUCCAGUGUGUGCAGGAGCAUGGUCAGGUGAUGGGAAAAGCCUGGCUCUCAUUAAAACUGACAGCUUCACUAUGAUACGAGUUUCCCAUUGUUGUCUUGGAGAUCUGUGUAUGCAGAUGAAGAAUUCAGGAGUGGGAGGGUCUGCUGCCCUCAGAAAGCCAUCUUUAAAAUUAACUUAUACAGUCAGUUUCUUUGCCAUUAAGUUGCCUGAUUUGGAAACAAUUUAAGAAGUUAACAACAUGUGUUCAGAUGCCUCUUAGGCAGCAGCCACAGGCAUGCCAGGUUGUGUCUCAGUUUUCUCUGGACAAACAAAUCUGUAGCUGGGCUGGCAGCACACCACUGGCAGUCAGAUCUCUGUAAAUUCAAAGCCACGCCUGGUCUACAUAGUUCUGGGACAAUGAGAGAGCUACAUAGUGAGACCCUGCCUCAAAAAACAAACACCAAAAAGACAAAGAAAAGAGAAGACUCUCUGUGGACUCCUUCCCUCGCCCACCUUCAAGAUGACAUGAUUCUCCUGAAUGCUAACACAGUGGUGUUCAUCUUCUGUAGUGAUAACUUUAUUGGGUUUUUUUAUACUGAAGUGACAAUAUUGGAACUCGAGCAUGUUCAUAUAUUUAAUCUUGUCCCUUUCAUUGGUGUACACAAAGCUCUUGUUUGUAAAUACCACCAUGCACUGCACAUCACGGAGUCUGAGCUUGGGAACACGUGUGGGCAAAGAGAGAUGUCUUGAGGGUAUGUCCAAAGACUUGCAGGCCACAGGUACACGUGCUGCUGCUACUUCUGCUGUGAACCUGGCCAUGUGACUCCCCUACAGCACUUUAUCUCAGCCCGGGUGCACUGUUUCUUGUGAGCCUUGUGGAGACUUGUGAAAUAUACAAACAUCUAACCAUACCAUGCAUCAACAUGUAAUUAACCAGCUCUCAACCAUAUUUUACACCUUGUUGUUAAAUUAUGUUUAUAAUGUAUGAUUGAAAGUUUCUAUUCUAAUAUUUUUUGAAUAUAGAAUGUUCUAGACUUGAAAGGCACUUGAAUGUAGAGUGAUGAAAAUGUGAACAUUUUGCCACGUUCGUGACCAAAGAUACCAGGCUGUUGGACAUGUAAUGUGGUAAUGACAGGCAGGGUCUUGUAUGCCUUCUCUCUGGAGGACUUGUGCCCUGUGAGUUAGAAUAACUUGGGAUAAUUGAGAAAACAUGAAAAUGACAAGGAGGAGCACUAUCCAUAGCCUAUGAUGAUUUUCACUGUGGCACCACAAAACAAGCAGUUUUCUUUCAAAUGCCUACUUUCUGAGUUUAUUUCCUACAUACUCGUUUCAAAAGGGUUGGUAGAAACAUAUUUCUAUGGUUGCGUGUCCGUUUUAGGUUUGUCAUAGUCCACCUUCUAAUCCAGUUCUGUGAAAACGGGAUGUCUUGCAGGGGGAGGAGCAUUGCAGGGUGUCACCGUGUAACUCAGGCUGAAGUUGGACUUGUGAACCUCUUGCUAAGACUAUAGGCAUGUGCCACUAUGGCCUACUUCACGUUUUUAAUACCCUGUCCUCACAGCAUGAAGCAGCUGACCCUCAACCACAUGCCUGCACUUGAGUACUCCUGCUUAUAGCCAGCAGGAGCUACACUGAGCAGGGUGAGUCUGCAGUUGAUGGCUGGGGAAAUGUUUCUGACACCACUUCAGUGGUAUUUCUAAAAAACAGGGAAGACAAAUAAUGCUGCCUCUGGUAUAGCUCCUGACUGAAAUGACUUUCCAUCCAGAGAAAGUGGUCUUCCAUCUUAACCUCCUUAGAAGUGUUUUUGCAAGCAUGUGUGUGGUGUCGGUUGCAUUUAUCGAUAACUGCCAGAUGCUAAUGUUCAGUGCCCUAAGGUGAGUGUUUCUAGGGGCCCUUCUUAGCCUCAGCAUGUGUCCCUAUGCUGCCACUGUAGAUGACAAGGACGGGAGGUGUGCCCAGGACCGCCAUGCAGCUCCUCAGCCUCCUUCCCCGUCUGCCUCAAGUCUGCAGACCACGUUGGGACCUCACGGGUGCUCAGCUCAGCCUCUGUUCAGGAUGCUGUAGGAUGGGUCUUUUAAUUGAGAGCUAAGGAUCAGGCUCCAGUUGUGUUCAAGACUUCUUGUUAUACGGUUCAUGUUAGAUUUGGAGGCAUAUGAAGUUUGCUUGAGACAUUUUUUCUGUGCUUUGAAUUAGGUUCAUAUUUAAAAAUCUGCCUUCAGGGGUAUUUAUUACAUUUCAGAAAGAAACAGGAGGUGGAAAUUGUAAGCUUGGGAGUGGGUAGGAUACUCCCAUGCAUUUCCUGUUUGUUUGUUUGUUUGUUUGUUGGGUUUUGUUUUUACCUGUCCUGUGGAGCGUACCACCUGUAUCACAGUAUAUCAUGUUUCUACUACUACUUCAAGAUUAAGCGUAAAGUAUACAUACAGAGUUGAUUUUUAUACCCUCUUGAAGGUUUGGAGCCAUUGCCCUGGCUGUAUAUGACUGAAGCUGAGAGAGAUCAUGCUAUGUUUUGUCUCUCGUUCUGAUAUUUGUGUCUUUGUAUGAUUGACAGCAUGCGGUAAGCAAUAUAAAACACCAAGCCUUACGUCUAUCAGAAAGAAGUUUAAUAUAUAAAAUUCUGAACAUAUAAAUGUAUUUAAGUGACAAAACCAGAUUUUUAAGGAAGUGUAUACUAUAGGACAGGAACUCAAUACUGUAUUCAGAAGCUUCUUUGGAAUUAGGAAAACAUUCAUUUCUUUGGGGAAAAAGUUUAGAGGUUAAAAAUAGAUUCUCUAUUUUAAAAAGUUAAAUUAUAAUUUGGAAGAAAUUUCUUUGACUAUAGAACACAGCAAUUUAAAGAAAUUUUGUUUGAAAUUUUGUAUUUUUGUGCCUUAAUAUUUGCUUUUUUAAUAAAUUGCUUUCUGACAUUUGGA